AUGCCUAUGCAUAGUAUGCUCACAGACAGCCUACCACAUCAUAUUCAGACUCCUUGAACCUCAUUUACCACUUGAACCUUAUAUACCAAGAGACACAUAACUCAAAAUGUCCCUCAAACCGCCUCCACCAAAACCUCGUGCCGGUCAACACCGGAAAUCGGCCUAUCGUGGACCUCGUAUCGAUGGCCUGGGCAGUCCAGCGCCUCCUUCUCUACGACAGCCAUCACCAAGCUUUACACGUGCAUCAACCCCUCGUCGCACUGGUCCGAAGUCCUUGAAAUGUUCUAAUCCCCACUGCCCGAACCCAAACAUCGUGGAGAGUGAACAAGGUCUCAUUUGCGACACCUGUGGUGCUGUCGCCCAAGAAGAGUCUGGCCUUGUCAGCGAGCAAGGUUUCGGCGAGACCGAAUCAGGUCGCAUUACGGCUCUCGGUGCCCAUGUUGGUGAACAUCAAACUCAUCAGCGAACUUAUGCCCCUGGCGGUGGUUUGUUGGGGCAUGCUGGUCGCGAACCCACCGUCAACCGAGACAGAUCCGAAGCCCACGCCAAAACUGUCAUGCAGUCGUACCAGACGCUUCUGGGUGUUAGGUUGACCGAGGUGGAUGCUGGCAUGCAGAUCUUCCGACUGGCAUGGGCCAACUCCUUUGUGCAGGGCAGGACUAUCGAUAGCGUUGCAGUGGUCUGUCUGUACCUCGCGUGUCGCCGCAAGCAUGAACAGAUCAACAAGGAACGCCGACCAAUGUACAGCCUCAUGUUGAUAGACUUCGCCGAGAAGCUAAACAUCGAUGUCUUCGCCUUGGGCAAAAUGUACACAGAUCUGGUUCGCAAGUUAUACCUUCAGCCUGACGGAAGUGUUCAGGCCGAUGUCAGCGGAGACCUGAUGGCCAUGGGACCUGAAGUGCUCGUGAGCCGGUUCGUUGACCAACUCGAAUUCGACAAAGUGCACCGUGAUAAGAUCAAAAUGGAUGCCAUCAGAAUUGUCCAGCGAAUGAAGCGAGACUGGAUGUCGACAGGACGAAGACCUGCAGGAGUUUGUGGCGCAGCCAUCAUCUUAGCCGCCAGAAUGAACAAUUAUCGUCGUACCACAAGAGAGGUUGUUCUCACCGCCAAAGUCACCGAAAUCACCAUCAACAAACGUCUAGAAGAGUUCCAGGAAACGGCCAGCAGCCAGCUCUCGGUCAGCCAAUUCAGAAACAACGAACUACUUGAUUCUUUGGUGCCAGCCGACCCGCCUUCGUACCAGCGUGGGCUUAACCCAAAACCGAAGAAGAAGAGAGGUCGUCCGAGGAAGAACCCGCUCCCAGAGACAGCUGAUGAGAUCGAGGGUGACGGAACGACUCCUGGGCCACAGCAAACAGGAAAUACAGAUGAUGGUCAACCUCCAGCAAAGCGUGCUCGCCUCGACCAAGAUGCCGAUCGCGAGGGAGAUGGCCGCCGCGAUCUGGAAGGCUUCAGAAUUCCUGCCAUCCCACAGCGACAGACGCCCAUUGACCCGGCUUUGACAUCAGUUAGCGUGGCUGCGACAUCCUCUUCGGACGGAGACGCCACCAAAACACGAGGCUCUGGUAGGCCACCUGGUGCUCGAAAUUGGCAAGCACCACCAGUCCUGAAUGCCGAAAUUGCCAUUGAAAACGAGCUAGAGCAGGACGUAUUGGCAGCAUUCCAAGACAAUCCGGAGCUAGAUCCGACCGGCGCAUACGCUGCUGAUUUACAAGAACAAUAUGCCAAUGCUGGAGCCCUACCGACACAGCCCAUCGAGGACAUACCGCUGCCCGACCUCAACCCUCUGGGACCAACAGCUCUCGGUAACAGCAAGGACAAAACGCCCGGCCCGCCUGUGGACACGAACCAAGGAAACCUCGGCCAUGUGUCUCUAUCGCCGACGCUCAAGCCCAACGAGUUUGACGACGACGAGGAUGUAUCGAGCUGCCUCCUCAGCGAGGAUGAAGCUCGCAUCAAAGAGCGAGUCUGGGUAAGCAUGAACGCCGACUGGCUGCGUCAUGAUCACGCAAAGCGCAUCAAGCAGGAGCUCAAGGAGGCGGACAUGCGCGCGCGUGGUCUCGACCCGGCAAAGGAAGCGCUCAAGGCGAGCAUAGCCAAGACCAAGCGCAAAGACGGCACCAAGAAGCCCGGCAGGAGAGGCGACGUGAGCUAUCUGAACGAGCGGGAAAAGGUCGGUGCUGAAGGAGGUGCAGAGGGAGAUGACGGAGAGUUCAGUCGCGCCGACCGCGAACGUAGUGCCGCCGAGUCGGUACGGAAGAUGUUCCAGACCCGCGGCGUGUUUUCCCGACGGAUUAAUUACGAUGUGGUUGAUUCCAUCUAUGGCAUCGACAGUGCCGACAGCGCAGAUUCACGCAGCGUCAGUCGCAGUCAGAGUGUGGCCAGCGAGGUUCCGGGACAGGACGCUAGGGAAGGCAGUGUCGCAAGGUCCGUCACGGAGACCGUCCUUGGCGCAGAAGCGAUAUUCCGCGGUAAUGGUGGGAGAUCUGCCGGUCGAGAACGUAGCAAGGCUUCUUUCGCUGCCGAGCGGCGAGAGAGAAAGAAGAAAGAGCAGCAGUUGCGGGAGAGUCAAGACCGGGAACGAGAGCGGAGCGCGUCGGCCUCCCAGAGUCGAAGCCCCAGUGCUCCUGCUGCCGAGGGUCGUGCGAGGGAGCAACGAGAGUCGACUGUGCCCAGUCCCGAGCCUGAAGCAGUACCAGAAGGGCAGUCCAAGUCUGGAGCACAGCAGCAACCAACUCCUCCGCCGACCCAGAGCCAAGAUACACCCCAGGUUUCCUCAUCAGGUCCUCCUCCCAUACGCGUUUCGGCUACAAUUCCAAAAGUCUCCUCCUCAGCCCGGCCUCAAAUCCAGCAGUCUACACCGUCAAGUCAAGGUACGGCAGGCCCAACUCAAGAAACCACACCAGGUGGUGACGCUGAUAAUGAAGACGACAACAAUGGGGACGACGACGAUCAGGAUGAAGCUGAGAACGAUGAUGAAGAAGACGAUUACGUCCGAGAAGAUGUAGACCUUGACGCUGCGUUUGCCGGCGAAGAGUAUGAAGAUGAUGAGUACUAGAUGCACGUCCUCUCACAGUGACGAUUUCUGCAAGUGGAAGUGGAUAUCGAUGUGGACAUAUGAGCGCGAUUCUGUGCCACUGUGUUUCAGGCGCGGUUGGGGUCGCCCUGAAUGACAGCCGGAUGGCAACUGGGGUCGGGCUUGUGGAAGACAUGAAGACAUGAAAACAUUUUGACAGCUGAUGAGAUGAGCUGUGCUAUGAUAUUAUUCCAUA